UAAGUGUGUCCAUAUGUGUGGCGGCCUGCGGGAGGAGGAGAGGCAGGAGAUGUAAACAUGGCGGACGGUCACCACCACUACUCCAGCUCUGAUAGCAGGGAGGACGACUCUAAUAGCCAGGAUGCCACCAAACACCAGUCACCUAACAUCUUCAGGAACGAUGGCUCCUUCAUGGAAAUGUUCAAGAAGCUACAGGAAGAUCAGAAGAAAAAGGAGGAGGAGUCGAAGUGUGGUAGUGGAUCAGGGGCGACCACCACUACCACCACCGCAACCACCACUACCACCACAACUACCACUACUACUAGCAGUGAUGAGGACAGAGGGACCACCACCGUCCACUCGUCUGGGAAGGAGCAGCAAAAGAAGACGUCGCUAAGUUUUGUGGGCAAACGGCGGGGCGGGAGAAUCCUGGCCACUGGGAUGGUCAAGAAGCAGCGGAAAGAACCAGAGACUGUGAAGCCGCAGCCGGAUGAUGGAAAAACCGAUGCCUGGUCACAAUACAUGAGUGAAGUUCGUAAAUACAAGGAGCAGUCAUGUGAAGAAGAGGGAAAAAGACGACCCUUGGUUAAAUGAUUUGCCUCGAAGCCUCGUGUUUUUUUAUAUACUCGUUAAACAUUUUUUCUGUGGCAUAAAAAUCUUGGCCUGUGUUUGAUUCCAAUAUUUCAAACGCUGCAUAAAAGUUUUAUGGGGAAAAUGAAGAUCAAUGGUGAAAUACUUGUUUACAUUGGCAAUUAAGUUUGGAAGUACUGUACCCAGUACUGUAAUUUAUCGAUAAAAUGAAUAAAGGUAGCAAAUGCAGUUACAGUAAUUGGAACAAGUUUCAGUUCUCAAUCACAGGUUUUAAGGUGGAAUCCUAGCCUAUAGGCACUUGACUAAGUGAUAAUUCUACAAUACUGCAUCAAUUUAAAGGCUUCUUUUAGCCUUGAAUAAGUAUUAACUGUUCUUGAACUUCGAGAUUUAUGGAUGUGGUGGAGCAUCAUGCUCGAGUGUUGAAGAUACCUACUUGUUAGACAGAAGAAAGCACUGUCAAAAUUUCUUGAUGUAAUAAAUUAACAUUAAUUAUAGGCUAUUUUUUUUUCAAAUAUCUAUAUAACAAAAUAUUACUUGUAAUGUCAGCCAUGCAUUGAGGUAAGCAGCAGAUAACGUUACCUACUCUGUACUGGCUGUGAUUAAACAAAUAUAAUUUUUUUAAUUAAUAGAUGUCUGCUGAAUUACCAAAAUUGUGUUGAAUGAAGUAAUAAUUUGAGUUUGCUAAAUUGUAAAUGGAUGAACGUUUAUUAUUAUUAUUCACCAGCUGCUGAAUGCCUAGUCCAUACAAGGAAAUAGUAGAAGCCGCACAUUUAAAAAUUGUAAUUACAUUCUUUUAAUUUCAUGCUGAUAAUCUAUUGCAUGAUUUAAAACCGGUGUAAUGUUCUAAAAGAUACUCUACAGGCUUGUAUGGAAUUUUUAAAUGUAUCCUUACUUUGUAAAUACAAUAUUGUGAAUUGAGAUUCUUUGCGAAAGAAUUGUGUUAAUUGUUUCGGAGUUGCGUGUGACACACUGCUCUCUAUGAAACUUGAAAUCCUCAUUAUCUUAAGCAUGGCGAUCUUGAAUUUGUAUGUUAAUAAUUGCAAGACAAGUGAAAAUGGGCUAUUCUUGUGUGGGGGUAGUUUUAAUAGAUUUAUAGGCAAAGAUUUUAUCACCAAGAAUUAGGUAUUUCUACAUGAGCAAUUGUUAAUUUUCAUAGAGGAUAUUGUUUUGGAUAGGGCACAUGUGAUAAAAUGCUCGACUUGCUCGGUUGACAUCCACUGGUAUGUCUACAAAUCUGAUGUUACAUCACUUGUCAAUUUUAUGCAGUUGUAAAGCCAUUUCUUCAUAUUUAAACAAUAUCUUGUCCUCUUCCCUAAAAAAGCUUUAAGCUAAUUUUUGCUUGAAAGUGACCCUGUAAGGUUAUAUACAGUACAGUACUAUAGUCAUUGGCUUCAUACAUUUCUUAUAAAGCAUUUGCAUUAUGAUACUGUAAUUUCAGAAUCUCUUAGAUAGAAGCAAAAAAAAAAAAAAAUACUUCAAACAUCAUAUUUGACAAUUUAUUUUGUAUAUAAUGGCUAUUGUUACUGAAUGAUGCUCAUUAUGUCUGCUCUCAUUUUCAAAAUAUGCAUAAAAUGUAUAAAAAACAAAUGCAGACCAAGUUUAAAUUAAAAAGACAAGAAUAUCAUUAAAUGAUAUUCUCAACUCUUUAAACCAAGUUACAACACUACCCGGUACGGGUAUAACAAUGCAUAUAUUACUGAUUAUGCAUUUCCUGUGCACAGAAAACUUACAUUGUUAGUAAGAUUACUUGGGAUAGGCAUUAACAAUUAAAAUUAUGUUCAAG